CGUUGAAAAUUGGAGCAGUGAAGUUGCGGAUGUCAGCUUCUUGCAAAGGAAUUCGUUUUGCAGGCCCCUCUCUGCCUCCCUCCUUUCACUUGUGUUAUGCUACAAGAGAAGAGGAGACCACACAGAUCCUGGGUUUGAUGCGGUUUGAUGCAAGAAAAGCCAUGAACAUUUGUAUCCAGCCCAUCUCGUCAUGUAGUGAGGUUUUGUGCGCAGAGCUGUGCUGCUGUAGGCCUGGAAAUGGGUCCCACGGCUGACUCCUCAAUGACGACCAAUCGGUGGCCAGGAUUGUAAAAGAGAGAGACAGAGAGAGUAUGAGAGAGAAAGAGGGGGGAAGGAAAACUUUUCUUUCUUUUUUUUUCGAUAGAAGGAGGGGUGUGGGGAAAUGAUCGGUGGACCGUGAAGCGUAACAGCAAGAAGAGGGACAAAGACGCACAUAGCGGGACAAAAUGCGACAGACAGAAACCACUUCCAACUAAAAGAAAAAGUCCAACAACAUCGGAAUGCGUGGAUGGAUGUUAAAGUAGUAGAGCUGGGGAAAGGAGUGGAAACCAACAAUGGCAAGAAAGAUGAGUUCAAGUGUACAAACUAAGUUUUGGACAAUAACUGGUUAAGUGCGCGUUUCAGUGUCCAGCUCAUAUCUGCGCCCAUGGCAGGGAGCCGACACUUUGGAGUAAAGUUUCCCACUUUUCAACGGACAUGCUUCCCGGAAUGACUGAUCCUCAGCAGUUUCUGUUUUUUUGCAGCCACACAUGCUGAUUUCCCCAAAUCAGAUCCUGACUUCAACUGUUGCAAUGCUCACCAGGAGGAGGCAAAGUUAAGUUACUUCCAAAUUCGGGGAUAAUAUAAUACGGACCAAGUGUAUUUAAAUCAACAACGCAUGGAUGGAAUACUUAUGAACUACUGUCUGUGAGAUUCAGUGCGUACCUACAUUGUGCUGAUCCUAAUGUGCUGGUGGAGAAAGUGCACGUCACCGAACUAGAACUCCAUCCAAGCAUGAAAUGUUGGUGCAGCGCCCUGGCACUUCUCCCAUGGGUGCUGGUGGCCUUAGAUGCCCAGCUAAUCUGCUGGCAGGCGCUCCUUCGCUGCCACGAGGAGCCCGAGUGCGACCUUGCAUACAGUCAAUACUUAGCAGCUUGUGAAGGUAACAUCAGAGGAACGAGGAGGCAGUGUCCGAGCCACUGCAUCAACGCGCUGAUACGGCUCAAUCACACCCGCAGCGGGCCAGACCUGGAGACCUGCGACUGCGCCCAAGACCGGGAGUGCCUUAGCGCCAAGCGAGCCAUAGAGCCGUGCCUCCCCCGCAGACACCCGAGCGACGCCGGGGGGAUUGGGUGCAUGGAGGCCCGGCAGCGCUGCGAGGAAGACAGCAACUGCCACACCUCCCUCACGGCCUACUUGUCAUACUGCGGGCAGCUGUUCAAUGGCAGGAAGUGCUCCUCCAAGUGUAAAGCCACCAUUCAGCAGAUGCUGUUCAUCCCAAAUGGCAUGCUGCUGAACCGCUGUGUUUGUGAUGGGGUAGAGAGGCCUUUCUGUGAAGUGGUUAAGGAGAACAUGAGCAAACUUUGCGCCAUAGGAGACCACAUUGUUAUUUCAGACCAGCCUGAUAUGGAUGACAUCUAUGAGGAUGAAGACUAUGACUCUAAAAACGAGAGAGAGGAGGUGUAUUCUGAUAGUUCCUCUGCUUUCCAGAGGCUGCCUAGCUGCAUAACGCUCCUGUUUCUUCUUCUAGCACGGAUAUUGUACUGAGAAAAUGGAUUGAAACAUUUCUUGGAUUUAUAAUUAGCAGCAUGAAAAAAUUCUCUGUUCAUUUGAUCCCUCCAGGAAGCCAGGACUCCAGCUGUAGUUGGUAUCAGUUCAGCAUGGCUUGCUGGCUCAGGACUCAAAUACAGGUCUGCUGGAUAAGGGAAGCUAUUUUUUCACCUCUUAGCCUCCCUGCCAUUCCAUUUUAGUUGCAGUGCGACAGUAAGCACAGUAGUGAUUUGUGUAUGCUUUCCACAACCAUACAAUUUGCAUAGUAAUUCUUCUUCAAGCACAUCUCACUCAGGAAAACUGCUUUUUUUUAAAAUUGCUAUUUCAAACGGUCACAUAAAUGGCCCACUGUUUUUGUUAAGUUGAAGCCUGUUGGCUAAAACCACUUUCAGGUGACGAUGAGAGGAAGUGAACCGCAACAGACUUUGUUGCAGGGCAUUGCCAAGUUGAGUGCCUUUAAACAGCUACUGUUUGUUUGGUUUCAAUGGUACUUGGAGUGUGGCUUUAUUAAGACCUUAGACAAACAUUGGACCCAUCCAGUUUCUGUUUGCUCUGCACUCCAUUUCAGGGGCCUCUGCAUUGUUGCAGCAACCACACUUCAAAUAUUUGUGGGAACAGUCAAAACGCAGGCAAGGGAGUGGGAUCAAGUACUGAAAUUAACUGAAGCGCCUCUCCAGCACUCUGUCUGGGCCCCCUCCCCCAUAUGAGAUUGUUUUAUUGAACUUUUCCUGAGACCCCCUCACCCCCUGCUUCCUCCUCUCUACUGCCUGCCGCCUUUCACGCCUUUAAAAAAAAGACCCCCUGUCUUUAUUACUGCUUUCACACUGAAGCAACAAGCCAGGGAAAGCAUUCUGUUGCUGUUGUGAAUAGGUCAACUAAUACCUGGAGUUUGUUCACAACACUGCUCACGAUAGGAGGUUGACCUGGUUUGACACUGCUUGGCCUCGUUUUAUACAGUAUGGCUGAACACCAUAUUAAACAAACUGUGGGAUUCAACCCGAAAUUGUUGCAAUACGCUUUUGUUUUUGAGCUCAUCAAACUAAAAAAGUACAUUUUGUUGACAUUGACAAUACUUUGAUUUAUUAAAUCUCAAGAGGACCUACACUGCAGCAACAGCACAACACACAGUGGAUAUAGCAGUACAACAGGAACAACAAUGUACACCAACAGUGUCUGGUGUGAACGGUCAAACAUGGGUUGAAUGUAUGUUAAUGACUUUGGGUCACACAGUGUUUGGUGUGAGAGUGUUAAUGUAAUGUAGAGCGCUUUUAUAAUGCAAGCUUGUCACUAAGUACUUUCUAAAGAAAUGCACACAUGCAGAUGAAACUCCAGCUAAUUUAAAACACAGCGACUGAGCUCAGUUCCCUACUAGUUUAUUGUGCUUUGAAGGCUUUUAUUUGAGCUAACAGGGUUAAUGUUACCAUCUCACUUCUUUUCUCCACUUUUACACAUUAAGCUGUUAAAGUAAAAAGUUGAUUAUCUGUAACAAAGCUGCCAAUUUGUGUCUUUGCCAUUUGAAAUUGUGUCAAAACUAGUCUUGAAAACGUCUUGGAAAAUGUUGCUAAAUGUUAAAUUAUGAAGCUAGAAUAUGAAGAAUGUGUGUAUAUUUUACAAUUAUAUGCAGUAAAACAAGCCCGUGUCUUCCCACAUUCACUUUGUUACUAUUCAAUCCUAUAGAACACACACAAACGUAGCUCAGAUUUUGCACACACAAAACCUGACAAAUUUAGACUUUUCAGUUUUUCAUAUCAUCUUGUGGCAACAUAGCAGUUAACUCUUUAGAACAGUGUCUUGCAUGUGGGAAGGUGAGUUUUAUAAUAAAAUGUGUGAGUUAAAA